GAGGAAGGCCUGAAGCAGCCUGCCUCAAACUGGACAACUUUAAAAAAAAUGAGUGGAUUUCUCAAUUCCCAGAAUUCCCCCAGGAUGGUUGGGGGAUUCUGGGAGUUGAAGUCCACCCAAGUCAAAAGUUGCUAAGUUUGAGCCACACUGGCCUAAAGAAUACCAUCAAAGGCAGCAGAUGGAAGUUUCCUGGAGAGGGAGCAGAGGAAGGAUUGGAAACAUUUAUCUGCAAUGAGCUAUUUGCUGCCUUUUUCUGCUUUGCUCAUGGGACUGCUGCCGACGAGAACCAUGGCUUGGACUUCAACUGGGAGGACACAUGCUGAACUGAUCAACAAUCUUUAUAGAAAUGGUGUGAUUAAAUCCCAACGUGUUCAUGCUGCGAUGCUGGCUACCGAUAGAGCCCACUAUACCAAUUAUUUUCCCUAUAUGGAUUCUCCUCAGUCAAUUGGAUACCAGGCUACUAUCAGUGCACCUCACAUGCAUGCUCACGCUCUUGAGCUACUGAAGGAUCAGCUAGUGGAAGGAGCGAAGGCAUUAGAUAUAGGAUCAGGAAGUGGCUAUCUCACUGCUUGUUUUGCUAGAAUGGUGGGCCCCACAGGCAAGGCAAUAGGUAUUGAGCACAUAGAAGAAUUGGUUCAUGAAUCCCUUAGGAACGUCAGAAGAGAUGACCCAAACUUACUUAGUUCUGGACGAGUGAAACUUUUAGUUGGGGAUGGUAGGAAUGGACAUCCCGAAGAAGCCCCAUAUGAUGCCAUCCAUAUUGGAGCAGCUGCACCCACUGUGCCAGUGGAGUUGCUGAAUGAACUGAAACCUGGAGGACGACUGAUUUCGCCAGUAGGGCCAGAAAAUGGAAACCAGGUUAUGAUGCAGUAUGACAAAACAAUGGAUGGCCAGAUUGUGGAAACGCGUCUGAUGGGUGUGAUAUAUGUUCCUCUGACAGACAAAGAAAAACAGUGGCCUCAGUAAAAUACUAAAACAUUUUUUUUCUUUUGUAAAAUUACCUCAGAAUAGUGAAUUGGUGUCCUAAUUGGCUUUUGCUAGGCAAAGUAAAGAUACUAAUACGAGAAUGGAAUCUCUUAACAAAACCACUAUAGAAACUAGAAUUAUCUCCCCUUAAGCAGACAAGCAGUGAAAUCUUAGAAAACGAAAUCUCAAAUAGAGUUUGAGCUCAUUAUAAUUUUGCCAAAAUCACUAUUCAAAAUUUUUACUCCAAAAUGAUGAUUUCAGAAUCUCUUUGUAUCUUUCUGAUAUGUUACAGUUUUAAUUUUCCAACAUUAAAUGCUCUGAAUAUAUUCAAACUGCAAGUUAAGUUCUACCGUAUUUUAGCUUCAUGGAACUUGCUUUCCCAAAAACAUGCAUGUGACUGGGUAGCAGGUGUAUUUAUGUGAAUUUACAUAAUACAUAUUAUGUAAAUAUGUAUUUACAUAAUUUACAGAUAUUUCAGUUUAAUAUUGAUAUUCUAAAGGGUUUUAUUAUGAAUAUUGUAACUCUAAGAUUUAACAAUUAUUCCUUUGAAUUAAAAUUAAUAAUAAUUAAUCAGUUUAGUAGUUGGGAAAAAAACAAAAGACUGAGAGCUCCUGCUUUGCUUCUCCCUCCAUUCUUUCUUAUUUAUGCUCUACUUUAAUCACAAUUAUUUGUUCAAUCCAAAACCGGAAAGCAUGAUUUAGUAUUAAUUUACUACUCAAAAUCUUCAGUAUUUAUAUAACACUAAACAGCUACCUUUGGUAGUAUUUUUUCACUCACAGCCAAAUAUUAACAUUGGGUUUUAGGAAGAAAGAAUUAUUGUGUGAUAUAAUAAAAUUUAAUUAUUUCUUUUUCUCUAGGGAUGAACUUUAAAAGAUUUAAAUAGUGUAUAAAAGACAUUUUGAAGAUCUAUGAACUAUGUUUGGAAAAAUUGAUGUUUGCAGUACAUUAUAUAUGAAUGCUCAUUUUUCCUCUUUGAAAGUAACAUUUGACCUGUAAUUUUAAGAACUUGGAUGGAAUUUGGAAACAAAGCAAUGGAAAUUAGUUGAUUCAGGAAUAGCAAAACAUUUCACAAUUAUCAAUAAUUCUUGUGUAUACCAGCGUAGAAUAAACAAUGGAUAAAAAGCUGCACUUUCUCUGGCUUUUAUAAAUGUGAUAAAUAGUUUAUUUGUGAUUUAAUAUUUUGAAAGUAUUUUUCACAUAUUCUGUUAAUGCAGAAAACAGUAACAAUCUUACCUAUUAUCAACAGUGUGAUAAUAUUGGAUCUGGUUUUAGGUACAGCAGAACAAGUCGUGACCGAAAAGUAAAUAACUGUACGUAAUAGCCUACUUUUCUGUAGUCUUUACAUAUUUUAGCUGAAGUUAUACUGAACACCUGAAGGCACUUUGUGCCCAAAAGCAAAAGUAUAAAUUAGAAUAAGUAAAAGCUCAGUAGACAAAUAUUUCCUUGAGACUUAAAGAUCAGUAAUAUAUGCCUAUAACUAAAAUAUUUUGUGGUGGACCAAUAAAAAACAAGAGUUGAACUUGA